CUUGUCCAACCCAAACAACUCCAGCCCAUUUUCACAAUAGGCCGCGAAAAGGAAACCCGAUUCCUAUGAGUACUAUACACUCAAAACCCUAACCCUAGAAAUCUCUAUCUGCUCCAGUCACUCUGUUGCACGAAGCCACCAGUCGAAGAAAAAGGCAACAAUCGGAGCUCAGAGAACCAAGACCACGCCAUGGGAAAGGUUCACGGAUCACUGGCUCGUGCCGGUAAGGUGAGAGGCCAAACCCCGAAGGUGGCCAAGCAGGACAAGAAGAAGAAGCCACGUGGCAGGGCUCACAAGCGGAUGCAGUACAACCGCCGCUUCGUAACCGCCGUUGUGGGCUUUGGGAAGAAGAGGGGGCCUAACUCAUCAGAGAAGUAAGCUCAAGAAGUGGGUAGUUGGUAGAUGUCAAGAUGAAGUCUGGUUGGGUGUUUGUUUUGAAAUGUUAAUUAUCAGAGCUUGUCAGUAUUGUUCUAAGUCCUCUGGGCUUGCUACAAAUGAAUUUCUGUUUUUGUUGAACUCUGUUGAACUUGUGAUACUUUUUAGUUAAAAAUUGAACUAUUUUGUC